AUGGCGGAGCCUCGGCCUCGUUCGAAGGUCGCGGUCGCUUUGAUCAGCCUGUCCUUUGGGGGAGCGGUCGGACUGAUGUUCUUGAUGCUCGGAUGUGCCCUUCCCCAGUACAACCAGUACUGGCCACUGUUUGUUCUGUUUUUUUAUAUCCUUUCUCCUAUCCCGUACUGCAUAGCAAGAAGAUUAGUAGAUGACACAGAUGCUACAAGUAAUGCCUGCAAGGAGCUAGCAAUAUUUCUUACAACAGGCAUUGUUGUCUCAGCAUUUGGGCUACCGAUAGUGUUUGCAAGAGCAGAACUGAUUUACUGGGGCGCGUGUGCACUUGUUCUUACGGGGAAUACAGUCAUCUUUGCCACGAUCCUAGGAUUUUUCUUGGUCUUUGGCAGCAAUGACGACUUCAGCUGGCAGCAGUGGUGAAAGGAAGACAAGAGAACUAUCACAGGCUUCUUGUCGUGCAGUGGCCGUCCAUACAAAUGAGAGAAUGGGCAAUAAAGAGAAGUAGCGUAGCAAGCCUCUUGAGUAUUCUAGAUGCUCCUUUUCACCUUGUUCCUUCUGAGUCUACUACUGUUGCUGACAGGGUUUCUACAUUUUUAUGAAGUGGAGAGAUGAUUGAUUUCAUUUUUACCUAUAGUAUAUUUUUAGGUGCUCUCUUGGUUUAAAAUUGUCAUCCUUCUGUCCGGUGUUUAUGUGAAGCUUUAAGUCUGGAACAAGAACAUUUAAACAUGGUUGCAAAGAAGAUUUAAAGUUGGGGUUUUUUGGUUUUUUUUUUUUUUGUUGUUGUUUUUUAAGUUCAGCAUUAAUACUAUGUUUCAAAAUAACUUUUUUUUAUAUAGUGAUUAAAUUAUACACAAGCUGAAUGGAGGUAAGAGAUUGUGCACCACCAUUGUCAAUUACCAGAUCAAUAGAUUGCUGCUGUAUUUUAGCAGAGGCAAGGCGGGGCGGGAAGUACCAGUUGCAGUUUUUUCUUCUGCCCAUACCUCAAACUGGGUGAUGAAUGUUGAUAGCCUUCAUUUCAGGAGAAGGCUGAGGAGCAGGUAGAGUUAUUUGGGAGAAGUCCUAAACUUUAACACCGCUAGCACUUUUACCUGCUUUGUUACGAAUUCUUGUGUGGAUGUGACGUCCAGAUACUCUGUAAAUGUAUUGAUGCUAUGACAUACAAAACUAAAGUGUAUUGUAGGGGAAGGGAAAAUGAUGUUUAAAUUCCAUUUUUUAAAAAAAUAUCUUUUGAACUCUUUCUAUUUAUAAGCAUUGUAUGGUUUUGAACUUCUAUGUCAGCUUUUUACCACAAAGACGGUAAAAUGUUCAUUUAUGGAACUACUGGUCUGUGUUAAUUUGAAGCAUAA